UAUAAACCGAGUGUUUAUAAUUGGCCAGGCUAGCCGCCAGGAUUUUUAACCAGGCAGGAUGUCGUUCUACGCGCUCACCCUAUUCUGCGCUACCGCGUUUGUGCUCGCUGCGGCUGACGAGGAUUUUGACUUUCCUGUAACAACCUGCAAACAUGAUGCAGAUGAUUAUGCGGGUUGCAUGAAAAAUUCGAUGCAAGAUGUAUGGAAGAACUUUAUCCCAGGUAUACCAAAAUUCGAUGUACCACCCUUGGAUCCGUAUUUUAUUGAACAGGAAAGAGCCUUGUACGAAGGUAACGACAUGCAUGCGGACAUAACAAUCACAAAUACUAAAGUCUAUGGACUUGCAAACAUUCGAUUCUUGGCUGUGAGACCGCAAUAUUCCGACACUUACUUUAGAGUGGAUGUUGACGUCGAUGUGCCGAAAGUAUUUAUCGAGGGUAAUUACAAGGCAGAGGGAGCCUUCGGACUGUUGCAAAUUCACGGCGACGGAUACUUCAACAUUACCGCGGAAGACAUUACAGCCACAAUGAUAACAGAAGGGCCCGUAGCUAACGAUAGAUGGACGAUUGAACAUUUCCAUAUAGAUCCAGAAAUUGGAAAGCUGAACGUCUAUUUCAGUGACAUGUUCAAUGGUAACGCGGAACUUAAUUCUGCUGCUAUGAAAUUCGUGAACGAAUAUUGGCCGAGCAUGUAUCAUUCAGUCCUGCCGUUCCUUGAGAAGCACUGGGACGAAAAAGUUACUGAGCUCAUGAACCGUGUAACGUCGAAGGUGUCCUUCUCAAAGAUGUUCCCUUGAAAUCCAUGAAGGCGUUCCUUCCCCCAGAGAGAGAGAGAGAGAGAGAGAGAGCCGAAUUUGGAAUCACAAAUAUCUUGGGUGGCUACUCGAAACCAGCGAAGAGGAACGCGAAAUUCCAGUUUCUGAAGUCUACGAACAUCUCGACGUGAUAAGUUUUUUCUUCUCACCAUGUGUAACUCCUGAUAGUGUUAUUUAGAUCUGCACGACAUCGACAUGCGUGUGAAUAGUGCGACAAUGGCGAGUUUAUUGUAAAAUUAUGUAACGUGUAAACAUAGGUUAUUCUUAUUAUUGUUACUAUUAUUGUGUUACUGCUGUUUCCACUAGUGAUUGUACAUGUAAAGCACAGAUGUUAUAAACAUCAAAAAGAAUAUUAUAUAAAGAGUGCCAGAUAUAUAAAUUUAA